UCCAAAGCUUUCCUUAAUAUCAGAGGAGUCAUUUUCUCUCGCGAUAAGACUCGAUCUGUAAUCAGCAUUAAGAUCAUGAGCCAGCUACAAGUACAACUCCAAAACUUUAAGACCAGGGUCGGGGUGAAACGUGAAGUGGAAGAGAAUGACCGGCUCUUGCAUCUUCAUAAAGAUAUUGGCGGCUUUAACGAGUGGAUUGUGCUCACCUACAAUCUGCAAGUCCUGUGUGACAUCGGGGACGAGAACAUCAAACUGCACAAGGAAAUAUCCCAACUCAUGGGAGAUUUCGUGAAGCUUAUAUUGAUCCGAUGCAAUGUGCUAAAGCUGGAACAAUGUAUGACAUUCCCGACGGGCUCCAAAGCUUCCACGAAAGAUCAAGGCACCUGGUGGGCGUGGCUGUUCCUAUUGUUCUCCCCUACACUUCAGUGGCCAGGAACAUGCUUAGCAUCCUUCGCAAACGCUGCUCCGGACAAGAAAGAUGCCGAGUCAUCCUCCGAGUUGACCGAAACCAGCAAUAAGAUGAUCCAGCUACAAGUACAACUCCAAAACUUCAAGAGCAGGAUAGGGGUGAGACCUGAAGUAGAAGAGAAUGGCCGAUUGUUGCAUCUUCAUAAAGAUAUUGGCGGCUUUAACGAGUGGAUUGCCCUCACUUACAAUCUACAGGUCCUGCAAGUCUACAUCAGCGAGAACAUCAAACUGCGCAAGGAAAUAUUCAAUCUCCUGGGAACUUUCGUGAAGGUGAUAUUGAUCCAAUGCAACAUUCUAAAGCCGGAGAUGUGCAUAACAUUCCCAACUGGCUCCGAGAGUACCUCAGAAAGUCAAGGAGCCUGGUGGGCAUGGGUGUUCUCUGUAUUUUCCCCUAAACUUCACUUGCCUGGGACAUCCUUUACUAAUCUUCCUGGGAUAGCAUGCUUCCCAAAACCUUCUGAACCCACGGGAGUUGCCGGCUCCUUGAAUAGUCAAGCCGCAUGGUGGGCAUGGUUGUUAUCAAUGAACCAGAGUGGUCUUCCAGUCAAUUCUAUUCCUGGCAGCAAUAUUGGGAUCGGAGAUUCUGGGGCAUCCUUGAAUAAUCAAGCCGCGUGGUGGGCAUGGUUGUUGUCCAUGAACCAGAAUCGUCCUCCACUUGACUCUGGAACAAAUCCAGUCCCUAUUGCUGAUGACAGUGCAACAGGAUCGGGUGAUUCUGGGGCAUCCUCGAAUAGUCAAGCCGCUUUAUGGACAUGGUUGCUGUCAAUGAACCAGAAUUGUCCCCCAGUGGGCUUGCCAGAUCAAGUUUCAUCACAUCCUAGCGGCAACACGACAACUUCAGGAGAUUUCAGGGCAUCCAUGAACAAUCAAGCAGCAUGGUGGGCCUUGUUGCUGUCCAUGAACCAAAAUCGUCCCCCAGUUGGCUCUGCCACAAGCCCAUGUUCUAUUCCUAGCGACAAUGCAAAAGGAUCCGGCGAUUCUGGGACAUCCUCGAACAAUCAAGCUGCUUGGUGGGCAUGGUUGAUGUCAAUGAACCAGAAUCGUCCUCCAGUCGGCUCUGGCACAGACCAAGUUUCUAUUCCUAGCGGCAAUGCAGUGACAGCGGGAGAUUUUGGGGCAUCCACAAAUAAUCCAGCCACCUGGUGGGCAUGGUGGCUGUCCAUGAACCAAAAUCACCCCCCAACCGGCCCUGUCACAGUUUCCACUCCCAUCGACAAUUCUACAGGAUCCGAAAUUUCUGGAAUAUCAUCCUCGAACAGCCAAGCCGCUUGGUGGGCAUGGUUGCUCUCCAUGAACCAGAAUCCUCCCUCAGUCGGCUCGGGCACAAGCCCAGUUUCUAUUCCCAGCGGCAAUGCAACAACGGCAUCCGGAGAUUCGGGGGUGACAUCCUCAAAUGACCAAGCUGCUUGGUGGGCAUGGUUGCUGUCAAUGAACGAAAAUCGUCCACCAGUGGGCUCUAUGACAGGCCAAGUUCCAAUUUCCGACGGCAACGUGCCAGGUUCUGGAGAUUUCGAGGCAUCCACAGCCAAUCAAGCCACGUGGUGGGCAUGGUUGAUGUCCAUGAACCAAGGUCGUCCUUCAGCCGGCUCUGGCACAAGCCCAGUUCCCGGUGGUAAUGCGAUAGAUUUCGAAGUUUCUGGGAAACCGUUGGACAGUCAAGCAGCUUGGUGGGCAUGGUUGCAGUCCAUGAACCAAAAUCGUCCUCCAGUGGACUCUGGCACAAGCCCAGUUUCUGUUCCUGGUGGCAGUGCAACAGAACCGGGAGAUUCUGGGCCAACCUCGAAUAAUCAAGCUGCUUGGUGGGCAUGGUUGAUGUCAAUGAACCAGAAUCGUCCUCCAGUCAGCACUGGAACAUCCCCUCCUGGUAUUCCUAGCGACAAUGUUACAGGUUCUGGAGAUUCCGGGAUAUCCUCGAGUAAUCAAGCUGCAUGGUGGGCUUGGUUGUUGUCCAUGAGUCAGAAUCGUCCCCCAGUUGGCUCUAGCACAUACCCAGUUUCUGUUCCCAGUGGUCAUGUGACAGGAAUCGGAGAUUCUGGGACAAUGUCGAAUAAUCAAGCUGCUUGGUGGGCAUGGUUGCAAUCAAUGUACCAGAAUCGUCCUCCAGUUGGCUCGGGAACAUUCCCUCCAUCUACUCCCGGCGACAAUAUUGCAGGAUUUGGAGAUUCCGGGAUAUCCGCGAACAAUCAAGCUGCGUGGUGGGCCUGGUUGUUGUCCAUGGGUCAGAAUCGUCCCCCGGUUGGCUCUGGCAAUUACCCGGUUUCUAUUCCCAGUGGUCAUGUGACAGGAUCUGGAGAUUCCAAGACAACCUCAAACAACCAAGCCGCAUUGUUGGCAUGGUUGUUGUCCAUGAACCAGAAUCGUCCUGCAAUCGACUCUGCUAAAAGCCCAAUUUCUUUUCCUGGCGGCAAUGUUACUGGAACAGGAGAUUCGGGGACAUCGUCGCAUGAUGCCUUGUCGGUGUGGUUAUUGUCAAUGAACCAGAACCGCCCUCCAGUUGGCUCUGGCACAUGCCCAGUUUGUGGCAGUGUGAUGGGAAUGGGAGUUUCUGGGACAUUCGCGAAUAAUCACUCUAAUUGGUUGGCGCGGUUUUUGUCAAUGAACCAGAAUCGUCCUCCAAUUGGGCUCGGCGCAUGUUCUCUGCCUACUAGUGAUUGCCCCAAUCAAGUAGGCUUCGGCACGUGUCCUCCACCCAUUAGUGCUUUCCCUAAUCAAGCCUGCAUCGCCAAGUGAACUCCGCCUGUAGUGCUUACAUCAAAGUACCAGGAUGGCAAUUUCUAAUUGAGUCCAUGGUGCUGGGUAAUUGUGUUGGCAAAUGGAGCUUCCAUUGCUAGCACGGUAAAGAGUACAAACAGUAAAUGCCCUGGCAAAAGGCAGCCCGGAAGAGCUAGUUCAGUCAAGAAAGCCAGGUCAAGGACAAUGGAGGACCAUGCCAUGUCAGACGAGUUUGCGAACUGUCCACUUCAAGGGACCGUAAGUCAUCGUCCCUUCCAAGGAACUGCCAAGUCUCUUCAAGUGAAGCUGAAGGAUUCGACUUUGUCCCGGGUUCUGAUGAACCGGGACAUGUCUAUGUGUACUUGUACUUUGGAUAUAUGUCAAAAUAAAGGAGAUGUGGUCUCCAACCUUUCUGUAUUCCAUCAUCAUGUGCAUAUAGUAUGUGCCAUGUGUUGGAAUUCACUGUGUGUAUGUAUUGUCAUAAUAAUCUAAUAACGAAAUGUUCUGCUUUGUUA